GUGGGUCUCAUUGUGAGGUCACUGCACUCCCAUUGGUGGAGCCAGGCAGCCAGUGUCUAACCGAGGAAUGGUCGACAUUGUAGCUCCAUCUGUUGAGGCACUCAUUGUUCAACCUGCCUGGCUUUCUUGGGAAAAACUGUACCUUAUGGUAAACACACUAUCCUUGGAUUUUGGGUUUGAAGAGUAGGAAGCGUAUGGAAUGUGAAAUACUUUAUUUUUUGCUCACAUCUGUUGAGCAGGGGGGGAUCUAUGAACUUCUAAAAGCUUUCUCUAAUGCUGGAAUGAACCAAGUUAUUUCCUUAAGGCCAUUUUACUAAGGAGGUUUGCUUUGUUUGGCCGUUGGAUGUUUUACUGAGGUCAGGGCGCUCAUGCCAUGGACACGGUAAGACGGGGGUAGAAGUGGUGGGAGUGGUCCUCCGGGUCAGGCCUCAGCCCAGAGCUGGAUGUUUGUGACAGAUUCAUGGGCCUGAAGGACCAUCCGGAGGAGGAUGGAGCAGGCCGCAUCCUUGACCUGGGGCUGGAUUUAGAGUACCUCCACAUCGAAGGCUCCGUCAGCAGGCAGGCUGGCGCCGAUACAGGGCCCAGUAUGGAGCGGGGCGAGGAGGAGGAAGAGGCCUGCAAGGGCAGUGGCAGUUGCAGCUUGUCCACGCCUGGGGGGAAGGAGGGGGAGGUGGUGGGGGAGGAGAGCGCUGGGUUCGACAGUGACCCGGAGCCAGCCCGAAACAGCACCGGUUCUAACCCGGCUGGAAGAGUGUCCGUAUCUGAGCUAGAUGGAGUGCCUGUUCCCAACACCCACCAACCUCUGUGCAGGACUCCCUGUGUGGACCUGGGGUCCGAGGGGCCUCCUGACCCUCCGUCGGGGGAGCCUUCAUCCGGGGAAGCCCUGAGGGAGUACCAGUCCAAGCUGGAGUUUGCCCUGAAGCUGGGCUACACCGAGGAGCUGGUGCGGCUGGUGCUGGCCAAGCUGGGGCCGUAUACACUCAUCAACGACAUACUGGGAGAGCUGGUCAAACUGGGCCGUAAGGUCGAGACAAACCAACAGCUGACUGGGUCCACGGCUUCACAGACCGCCCCCUCCACCUGCUCCUCCUCUUCCUCCUCUUCUUCCUGUGGGUAUGUGGAGGCAGUGGAGGCGCAGCAGGGGAGGACAGACUCCCCUUAUCAGACAGACCUCCUCCUGGGGGACAAGGACAACCUGCGGCCCGUCGUCCUGGACGGUAGCAACGUGGCAAUGAGCCACGGCAAUAAAGAGGUGUUCUCCUGCUACGGCAUCCAGCUGGCUGUUGAUUGGUUCCUGGAGCGAGGUCACCGUGACAUCACUGUGUUUGUGCCGUCCUGGAAGAAAGAGCAGUCCCGCCCUGACGCCCUCAUCACAGACCAGGAUAUCUUACGUCGUCUGGAGAAGGACAAGAUCUUGGUGUUCACUCCGUCUCGUCGGGUCCAGGGUCGCCGGGUGGUCUGCUAUGACGACCGUUUCAUCGUCAAGCUGGCCUACGAGUCCGACGGCAUCAUCGUCUCCAACGACAACUACCGCGACCUGGCCAGUGAGAAGCCAGAGUGGAAGAAGUUAAUUGACGAGCGGCUGCUCAUGUACUCGUUUGUCAACGACAAGUUCAUGCCUCCUGAUGACCCUCUAGGUCGUCAUGGUCCCAGUCUGGAGAACUUCCUGAGGAAACGUCCCAUCAUGCCAGAGCACAAGAAGCAGCCCUGUCCUUACGGCAAGAAGUGCACUUACGGCCACAAGUGUAAGUACUACCACCCGGAGAGGAGUGCCCAGUGCCAGCGCUCGGUGGCAGACGAGCUGCGUGCCAGCGCCAAGACCUCUGCCACCUCUACUAGCGCCAAGGGCCAGGCUGGCGAGGCCGGGCUGGUGAAGAGCCACAGCGUGCUCAACAAUGUAGUGAUGGGCACCAAGAGAGGUUCUGCCCCCAAAAGGCAGUGUGACCCCAGCAUCCGGGCGCUGUCCUACGGCGAGGCAGAGGGCAAGCUGAGACACGCUGAGAAAUGCAACAGCCUCAGUAGUAGUAGUGGGAGUAGUUGUUGUAGUGGGAGUGUUACUCUGUCCCCUGCCCCUGGAGGACCCCCCUCUGCCCUCAGCGACCCCCAGGAACAGCCACCGAGCCUGGGCAGGGACACACCCUACAUGACCCUGCCGUACCCCCACCCUGACCCCUACUCCUCCAGCUGUGACCCUCCAGAUCUGAGCUACUACUCAGUGACGCCGGUCCACUCUGGCCUGGCAGCACGGAGGAGUCCGGAGUGCCGCUUCCCGCUGGACACCGACCUGCGUCUGCUGGGCACGUCAGACUGUGGCAAUAGCGGCUGUGACUUGUACGGAGAGAGAGCCUACUGUCUGUGCUGCCCAGGCCCUCUGCUGGACAAAUACGUCCACCAUCAGCAGCAUCAGCACCAUCAACACAACCGCCUGUACUCUCAACACUCUGCCCCCCUGCUCGAGCCACACCACCCCUCCCCCCACACCUCUGUCCUCUAUGGCUAUCACCAGAGCCUGGCACGGGGCCACAGCUUCCCUCACGACGAGCCCCCUGACCCCCACCUGAAGCGCCCUCUGUACCCCCUCCCGCACCAGGCCGUAGGCGCCCGCUCCAGCUGCCCUGGAGACUACCCCUCUGUGUCCCAGUCCGGCCCCUACCCUGCUGGCUCCCCUCUGGGCCGCUGCCUGGCCAACACGCGGCUGGAGACGCUGUCAGACUCCCGGCUGUACGAACGCUCCCUGCUGCCCCCCAGGAAAGCCUUCUCCUGGGAUCCCUACUGCAGCCAACCCCCUCAGUCCCGCUGUGAGACCUACCAGUCUACCAAAGACCCACGAUGUAGGCUGGGGACACACAUCUCCAUGGGGACAGACCACACACUCUUACCACCCACCCUACCCCCCUCAGCCCCCUCACCCAUCCCAUGCCCCUCAGCCAUCCCACCCGUCCAUGCCCCCCCACCACAUGCACCAGGAGCCCCCCGCCCUGAGCCGGUACGGGGAAAGGUCUACCUCAUCCUGUGUAACAUCUUCCCCUCUGAGCUGGUGGGCCGGGUUAUGGGGAGGAACCCCCAUGUGACGGACGCCCAGCAGCUAGCUGCCGCCAUCUUGGCUGAGAAGUCCCAGUCCGGCUACUGAGUCCAGCUAGCCUACUACUCUCUCCCUAUUCAUAACAACAGUUAGUUGUAGUUUUGACAAUAUAAGGGUUUGACUGUACAUUUGUUUGUGGAUAACUUAGUGUUAAUCAUGUGCAGGUGAGGAUAUGCGUUGAUUUCCAAGUCACUUUUUCCUCCGCUGUUUGAAACAUUUUAGAAAUAACUGGAAUCCGAGGGAUCUGAUUAUAUGCCUAAUCUUACUUCUAUUCUAUAUUUUCUACUCCAUUUUGGAAACAUUCACCCCCAAAUUGACCACCAUUUAUCAACAGAAUCUUGGUUGUUGGGGAUGUGUAUAUCUUCUGUGUUCAAUCGGUCUAAUUGAUUUGUUUCUCUGUUUUUCAGUGCUGUGUGUUUUGUUUGUGCCUGUUGUUGUGAUAGUAGGUGGCUGAGUUAGUCUUCUGAGUUGAGAGAAUGUCUUGCAGUAGUUGUAGAGACGGGCACGUUCGUCGACCUUGUCUUAGUAAGGGACGUCUCUGGCCCCUCGUUUUGGCUCCAAGCCUGCAGCUGCUACAGACACGGUAGACUCGAGCUCAAAUCCCAAGUCAAUUCCCUUUGGCUGUUUUCCCUGAAGACCUAUCCAAAUGGCUCAGAGCACUUGGCUUGAUGUUGACAAUCUGUUACAGUUACCGGCACAAUCCCUGGUAGACAGAAAGCCUUUCUUUGUUGAUACAAAUUGUAUCGUUCAUUUAGGAUUAUAUACCUGUAUAUAUAUCCGUAGGUGUGUAAUCGAUUCAUGAAAAGCUGUUUAUAUAUAGCUGGUGCAUUUUAAACUAUAAUACUGUAUGAGAUAUUCCAGGCAACAUUUGAUUGUUUUUAGACAUGGUUUGUUUAGAAGUAUUAAUCAAAUUAGAUACAUGAAAAAAGGUGAGGUAUUCUGACUUUUUGGGAUGGAGAAUAGCCUAGGCUGGGUUGAACCCAAGUGGCCAGCUAGGUGAAAUGAAAUAUGCGUGGGUCGGUAAAAAAAUAUUAAUUUUGUUUUGUAACGAAAAACCUCUCUGGCACCGUGUGUCAGUGAGGGCCCGGACGUGGGCAAAAAGUAAUGCCUUUACACGGCAUUGUGCUAAUGACACAUCAAAUACUCUGAACCAUGUUCAGCAAACUGUUAUGCAUGUUUUGGUGACACUUUAUUUUAAUCGACCGUAAUAAACCAUUGAAGUCAUUUAUAAAGUGUGUUCACCAUUUAAUAAUCAUUUUCCCCACAUUUAUAACCAAUUUACUAAACAUUAGUUGUCUUUUUGCAGCCCCUAAUCUAAAGUGAGUGCUAUUUAUACUUUAUAAUGUUUUGAGUGACCAGUGUAAUUUCUCCCAAAAAGAUGGGUUUGACAUUGAUAGACAUUUCAGCAGUACCUGGUAAAAUAAACUGACAGCACAGGAUAUAUAUACAUUUGUGUAUGAACUAUGAUUAAUAAAUGGUAUGUACUGUUUGUAAACGCCAUAUAAUUAACUUAGUUUAUUACGGACCCUUAAAAUAAAGCGUCAGCCAUGUUUUCUUCAAGUGUUCUUGUAUCAUAUUUUCUUUGUGCUUGAUUUAUCAGUUCUGUUGUAUUAUAUUUGCUUGACAACUUCGUGCCUAUCAAAUAUAGUAUUGGCUUUGUAUUCUUCAUUAACAAUUGGUUGUCCUUGUUUUGUUGGAAAUGCAGUCUUAACUCUCAUUUCGACAGAAUUUCAUGUACUUGGAAUAACAUUUACUGUAUUACAGAUUGGAGUUUUCCUUUGAUCUAAUUCUGAGGGCAGAAAAAUGUGAUUUGUUAAGUUUAGGGUUGGGUUGGGUUAAAAAAAAACAGGCUUCAAUCCCCCGGCAUCAUCAAGAUUAGAACCUGUGACCUUCUGGUCCCAGUGCCUAGUCCACUACACCAACAGGKGGGAGGGCACCACGCUUGUUUUUUCACAUAUUUAAAGCUGUUCAUUUAGACUAUUAUUAUGUUGGAAAAGAAAAGUAUCAUUGGGAUUUGAGCUGGCAACCCUGUGUGUGACGCCCUUUAACCACCCACAAGGCCUUUUAUUUGACUCACCUGCAUACUCUGCCCACGGACUGACAGGGUUUCAUCCAGAGAUAGAGGACUCUAGUGCCCAAAAGCAUGUUUUAGCAUGGGCAGCGCCUUUGAGGUCUUUCACGAGUUUGAAGAAGUCAGCUGGGUGGGACUUCCUAUGGGUUUAGGAAGGAUCACAUAAUUCCAUCCAGGUCGUCAGGAGGGGUCAACCAAUGAAUUAUACUUGUGAGGAAACAUAUCACCAACCAUGGCUUUAUGCCAUUUCAAAACACACUCUAGGUGGCAGUGUGCACCCUAGAAGAAAAUGGACUACUUCAAAAUGGAGAYGGCCACAAUGACGCUGCCCGUGAUCUGACGCCAUAACGGGAAAGAUGCAAUGUCUAUGGUUUCAUUCUGCCCUCGAUGCCAAGCUGUUUGAACAAGUUCAAAUAAA